AUGUCGGGACGCUCAAUGCUUUCAAACCUUGCGGUAGCGAAAUAUGCGAAUGCUAUCCGUAGCGCACCACGAUCUGUCAUCUGUAACAGGGCGCUCCUCAUAUCAUCCUUGUUGUACGCCCUGUCGGCGAUACCCAUGACAUGGGAUCAAGGCUCAUCGUCCGUGGUCCCUUCUCUGCCUGGGUUCCAGAAUCAUUUCUCAAUCACCUCUGGCGCCAAUCCGGAACAGAUUCGCAAUUUUGUAUCACUGGUGUACAUCGGAUACUCGGUCGGCGCAGCACUGUCGUUCUUCAUCAACGACAAUAUCGGUCGGCUCCAGUCGUAUCGUCUGUACGUGGCAAUCUGGUCCAUUGGACAGAUUAUCGCGAUCACGACUCCCAAUGUCGCAGGGCUGUAUGCCGCUCGUAUCGUUAGCGGCAUCGGCAUCGGCGCUCUCAGCGUUUCUGGACCCAUGUCGCUGGCUGAGAUUGCGCCCACUGAGAUUCGUGGACUUCUGACCUCGUGGUAUGUCGUGGCAAUGGGACUCUCGCUUUUCACCUCUAUCUUCUGCGUGUAUGGAAUCUACCUCCAUGUCGCAGUAGGCAGGAUCCAAUACCAGAUUGCAUUCUUUGCGCCAGUCAUCUUCAUGGCUCUCUGUCUCUUUUGCACAUAUGGGUUUUCCGAAGAGUCCCCGAGAUGGCUGAUGAUGGUCGGGAAGAAAGAACAAGCACUGACUGUUCUCGCCCGCCUUCGUGGACUGCCACUGGACCAUCCACGUGUUCAGCAGGAGAUCGUCGACAUCGACGCCUCUGUCAGAAGUCUUGGUGGCGAGGAGAGGCCAACGUUCUUGGCUCUAGCAAAGGAGACCUUCACCAAGAAGACAAACCUUCGACGUCUGCAACAGACAGUCGUCUCAUAUGCUUUGGCACAACUGAGCGGAGCGAACAGCAUCACGAGCUAUUUCGUUCCGUACGUCAACAUCAUCAGUCCGGGAGGUGGCACGACUCGCAAUAUCUUUCUGUCCGGCAUGUACGGAUUCUCGAAGUUCUGGUUCAGUCUCAUCUCCAGCUUCCUAUUCAUUGACGCUCUUGGGAGACGUAACUCCCUCUUCAUUGGCACCGCACUUCAGGCGAUUUCCGACAUCUAUAUCGGAGCUUUUGUCAAGUGUCAACAAGACGGAUCUGUAUCCACGGCCGCAUCGCAAGGCGCUAUUGCUAUGCUGUUUGUGCACGCGUUUGGAUAUGCAGUCGGGUUGCUUACUUUACCUUAUGUCUUUGGUGGCGAACUGUGGCCGAAUCACAUCCGGUCAUUUGGCGGUGCGUUGUCCCAAACGUUUCACUGGCUCUUCAUCUACGCGAUGAAAUUCAGUGUGCCGUCACUGCUCAAAGAAACAGAUGAUUGGGGCGCUUUCAUUUUCUUUGCGAGCUGGUGCCUCAUCUCACUCGUAUACGUCUUCUUCUGUGUACCAGAGGUGGCCGGACUGAGUGUCGAGGAAAUUGAAGAAGUCUUCAAGGGGUCCUGGUUCAACGCUUAUAAGCGGUCCAAAGCGGCUAUCUGGCAAGGCGUAGAAGACCAGGAGCUAGCAAGGAACACAAGCACCAAGAACAAUCUCGUUGAAACAGAAUGGGAAGUGCCAUUGGCCGCGUCUGCAGAGAAGGAGUCCAAGGGUGCAGCCACGAUGUGA